GAUCAGGGCUGCCGAUUCGUGAGUAAUUACUCACAUCGUGAGUAAUUUGAGCACCGGUGAGUAAAACGUGAGUAAUGAGUAAUUGGUGAGUAAUCCGACGAUCCGUGAGUAAUCGUGAGUAAUGCAAAAUCCAUGGGUAAUUCUCAGUAAUUCUCCAUUUUUGGCGCAAUUUGUGUGAGUAAUCGGUGAGUAAAAUUUAAAACGAUGAGUAAUCGGUGAGUGAAAACAAUGUCAAUGUGAGUAAAAUCGGGAAAUGGUGAGUAAAAAGUGAGUAGAAUUGAGAACGGUGAGUAAAAGUGAGUAAAAUCGCGAUCAGUGAGAAGCAAGUGAGUAAAUUUUAGAUUGGUGAGUAGCGUGUGAGUAAAAAAUUCGCGAAAUGUGAGUCCGAGUAUCGGCAGCCCUGAAGCGGAUUGUUUGUUUACUUAUCACCUGAUAACGAAUGAAUUUAUUAACAUCGAGCUGUUGUAUUAUAAGAGAUCUAGUGACAACUCUGAAUAGCUUUUAAUUUUCCAGUCUAAUUUUUUUCCGAUAUUUUUGAAGCUUAUCGUACUCGGACUUGUUGCUUUUAUUACUCUUCGAAUCUUUCAGGUCAGCAAAUAUGUCAAAACGAGGAGAGGAAAAAAUCAUUUUGGUCACAGGAGGAAGCGGUUUGGUUGGCCAAGCAAUCAAGAAAGUUGUAGAGACGGAAAAGAGGGAAGGGGAAAAAUUUGUUUUUUUAUCCUCCAAGGACGGCGAUUUAGCGGAUGCAGAAGCAACUAGGAAAAUUUUUGAGAAGUACCGACCAACUCACGUCAUACAUCUAGCGGCUAAAGUUGGAGGUCUUUUUGACAACAUGGCACACAAUCUAGAUUUUUUGAGACAAAAUAUACACAUAAAUGACAAUGUGCUGCAAACAAGCUAUGAAACUGGUGUUUUCAAGGUCGUUUCAUGUCUUUCAACUUGCAUAUUUCCAGAUAAAACCACAUAUCCCAUCAAUGAAACCAUGGUGCACAAUGGACCCCCUCACAAUUCCAAUUAUGGGUACAGUUAUGCUAAACGACUGAUUGAUAUCUCCAACAGAGGCUAUUAUGAUCAGUACGGCAAAAUAUUCACUUCUGUGAUUCCAUGUAAUGUCUUUGGACCUCAUGAUAACUUCAACUUGAAAAGUAGUCAUGUUAUACCUGGUUUGAUUCGGAAAUUGUAUGAUGCAAUGGAAAGAGGAGACAAAGAAUUUGUUGUUCUUGGAUCAGGGAAACCACUACGUCAGUUCAUUUAUUCUCUAGACUUAGCUAAAUUAUUCCUGUGGGUGCUGCGAGAGUAUGAUGAAGUUGAACCAGUUAUUUUAUCCGUGGAUGAAAAAGAUGAAGUUUCAAUAGAAGAAGUGGCGAGAUUGAUUGCCAAAUCGUUCAGUUACCAAGGAAUGAUCAGAUUCGACAGUAGCGCAGCAGAUGGUCAGUACAAGAAAACCGCUUGCAAUAAUAAGUUGCGGAGCUUGAUUGGUACUGAGUUUAAAUUCACUCCGCUGGCAGAAGCAAUUCAAGAAACAGUAGCAUGGUUCCAGAAUAACCAUGGUAUUGCUCGCCUGUGAGUAUUUGGUGAAAGAAUCAGAAGAUAAGACAACAGCAAGGAGGGGACACAAGUAGGCGUCUCCGUAACCCAGUGCACUAUUUCAAUAUCAAAACUUCGAGCUGAUUAUUGAAAUUGAUAGACAAAGUGUAUUUAAAGAAGAUAAAAUUAGAAAUGGAGCUAUCUCAUUAAUGAAAGUGGGUGGUUACAAUGGACGAAGGAAAUAAGUAAUAGACUAAUUGACUGCAACCCAUGAGAGACCCCAUGAUUAGUCUUCAUUUUUCCCCCUUAGGCUAUAAGAACCAUUCAUUUCAACCAAUAGGAUCCCACUCCAUUUUCCUGCCGUGUUCUUUGUCUAUUGCUGUGUCUACCAAUUUUAAAAAGUCAAAGAGGUAUUUUGCAAGAGCCUCUCUUCCUCAUAAAAAUAGAAAAUCGCAUAGCAUUUUACAUUUUGGAUUUAUGUUUAGUGCCUAAAGUAGAAUUAAAAUGCAUUAAAUGGACUACAUUUUGAAAUUACGAACUACUCUUUCUGAUCUAUAUUAGAAACAGUAUUUGUGUUAUUAGUUUCUCCAUGCAGGUAGGUGCUUUUAAGGGUGGGCCGAGAACAGUAGCUUCUAAUUGCAAAGUGUAAUCUUAAUAUAAGGUAACUGGGAGUUUGUUAUCAGAGAUUUUCGUUUUCUUUUCUGUGUAUAUUUCAUGCAACGGCUGAAGUUUCGCCAAGCAAAACCUUCAUGCAAAAGAAAAAACCAUAACUUUAUCAACUCAGAUAGCAUAUCUCUACCAUGUAACACACACUUAGACCAAUAUUAACCUAAGAACAAAAAUCGAAAAGAGGGUUAGUAGAAUAAUAUCUGUGAUUACUUUAUUGUUUUGGCGAAAUUGAUGACCAAGCACCUUUCCUUUUCAAAGUGGCAUUUUGCUGCAUUUUAUCACAUUUAAAGUCUGAGCACUUUUCUUUUUGUUUUCUUUUAUGUUUUCUCUAGAGCUCUUUAGCGGCAUUAGUCUAUAAGUACAAAGUCAGGGUUUUUCCAAAAUCCAGAGCUUUAUAAAGUCUGUGUCUGUUGAGUCUUUGCCAAUUAUGUAUAUCCUGUUUGUUACCUCCAAACAGUCAACAGUUGCAUGGGCUCUUCCUAAGCCCUCGCCUAUUUUUCGAUAGGAAGUGUUGAUGUCUUUUUAAUAAAGUAAAACCUUGACAAUUUGAUGACUGUAAUUUGCAUGAAGGCAGAAAAUAUUUGUCCCCAAUACUUUCAGGGUAUUAUUUUUAGUGAAUUUGGAAAUCUUCCCUCUGAAGUGCUGCUGAUGAAAAAAAGAUUGGUCCAAUAUAGAAUUAAGAUAAGUAGGAAUAUCAUAAGAUUUCAUAAGUCUCAAAAUGAGUUAACAAAUAAUCUUUGAAUAUUGUAGAGAGCAGUACAGAAAUGUGGUUUUUUUUUUCUAGCCUCUUGCAUAAAGGAAUGUAUCUUGAUUGCGCUGUUUCAGUUUUUCUCACUUACUUUUUAUUUUACCAUUGAAGAACCAUCACAUGAAUUUGCCUGAAAUUUCUAGUGAUUUCUCUCUACUUUGGUGAGAAAAGGUACUAAAAAUUUCCGACCUAUUCGUGCUAUGAUUCUCUCUUGAAAAAAUACAAUAUUUGUAGAAAUACUGAAGAAGCGCCGACUAUAUGCGUUUCUUUGUGCUGGAGACGACAAUUUUAUCCUCAUUAAGGCUCUGCAUGUUUACAAAGGAAAAGAUGUUCUGCGCAAACCUACUUAUCAAUGUGCAGACAACGAGUUGUGACAACUGGGAGAAGAAUUUCUGUGUACCUGCAUGAUUUGCUGGUGAGACAUCGUUUUCUUACUAAACCUCAAAUGGUUUUUGUGAGGUGUUAAAAUAAUUGUGAGUCUCCCUGUACAGUUCGAUCUAGAGGAAAAUUACAAGUGAGAUUUUCCCCACCUACAAUUUUCGUGAUAAUUUUCCUCUCAAUGCAACUUUCGCUACCUGCUAACAUGUGUGACCAAAUUUAUGAUAUUAAGAUUGCUGUAACUGUUUCUACUUUGUUUUUAUUUUUAAGAAGAAUCAAUCAAGUUCUUUCAAAUCAACUUAUCUUAAGGAUCUCUUUUAUAGUAUGUUUUUGUAUGUAUUUAAAAUUCAAUUUCAUCAGCCUCCUAGCUUUGUUAAUCACUCAGAAUUCUUAUCUACAGAACUUCUCCAAAUAUUUUAGAUUUCAUGGUGGAUGGUCAAUAUGAUCAAAAAUGUAUUAUCCAUAAUUUUUUCACUAUCUGCAGUUUUGUUUGCAUCUUAACGUGUACGUUUAAUAGGAUGUACGUAAUUUCUUACCCUUCCAUCAGGCUCUUUUACGUUAAUGGUAAAUCUGGUAAAAAUUUUUUAAUUACCCAGACUUUCUAGCCAUAAAAAAAUAGUGGGCUACCUCAGCCAACUUUUAAUUUUAUUCUUCCCUCUAGGAUUGUAUUUUAAUUUUUAAUGGCAAAUGGAUUGUAUUUAUGUAAUCAGUGUUAUAUCUUCAGAUAUUUUUGUAACACCUCUUCUAAUAUGUCACCAAGGAUGCUACUUGUUUCUGUGCACAGGGAAAGUUUUAAAAAUUAAAAUGAAAAAGAAACCUCCAAUUUUUUCUUCCGACCAAAGAUUAAUUCAUAAGAAAUCCCUUUCAUAAUAAGGGUACCUAUUCAAAUUUAAUCCAUGUAUGCUUCCUAAUUUAAAGCUACCCAUCAUUUUUCAAGGAAUUUUUAUCUUAUCCAUACAUCCAGUCCACAAUGGAAGAAAGAAAGAAAACAUAAUUAUUUAUAUACUUUUCAUCUAAAAAUCCUCUUCAUUAAUUUCUCUAUCAGAGUCUCUGAAAAAAUUAUCCUUGAAAUAUUGUCGAUUAUUUUUGAACGUAUCAAAACUUUUUGUAAAUUGUCAGGCAUUCUUCCUUCAUUUUGCAAAGGUCCUCGCAACUAAAAAAAACCUCAAAAUUUUUUACCUCUGAAACUGCAAGUGGAACAUUCUAAAAUGUCCUCAUGUGAACGCACAUCUUCAUUAUUAUUUUUUCCACAAAAUCCUGUCAAUUAUUGUUACUUUAUUGCCUAAUUAUAGACAUUUUUUUCCACUGAAAAAUAUGAAAUUCAUCACUGAUACCAUUCUCCGUGAUUUUCAUGGCAAUAAACUAUGAUUUCUUUUCGUUCAAAAAUACAAUCUUAUGUUUCUUUAGCCACCUUCAUACAUGUGAUUUGAGUUUUCUACAAGUAAGGAAAGGGCAAAGGCUAGAAAUAUUUUAACAAAUCAUGAAAUUAGAUGGAAGUAAUUAAUGCUAUAGAGUCCAGAGUGUACCAAGUAUUCAGGAGAAGCGACAAUUUUAUAACUGCCUUAUUAUUCCUUUUUCCUUCUCCAUCAAUUUAAACUUACUGAAUGAUUAUUUUGUCCUUUCAUGUCAAUUAAAAUCGCUCUCAAAGUGUAAGGGCUCGUCUCAAUUGUAGUUUUCAGACAACUGAUCACUGACACUGUGUACAGCAAAUUGAAUUUUAAUUCUGAUCUCUUCAAAAUUAUAGCUACAACCAGAGGACCCAGUAAAACGCUCUUAUGCUAUUUAUCUUGCUUGGUUAUCAAUUCCUACUCUUAUGUUUUCUUCAGAAUGCUAUAACAUUUGAGAAACUAGUUGCAACAAUUGAUUCUCCAAAAACGUCUAGUUGAGACAAGCACUUAGGGAACCUACAUUACCUAUCGACUCAGAAAUACUUACUUAAUUUCAAUCGCAAUCGUUAAUAAAGGAUUUCAGAGACAGCUUAAAUAUUUGCUGUAUCGGGAUGUGGUUCAAUCUGUGUCAUAUCUUUGUUACCUACCUAUUUAUUUAAUUUUUUGGCCUAUUUUAUCAUGAGAGUAAACUUAUUUUGUUGAAUA